AUGGUGGAGCACACGACGUCCACGCCGUACAUCUCGGUAAUGGACCAGUAUGGCUACCAGAUCGGCAAGGUGAUCGGGCACGGCUCUUACGGCACGGUCUACGAGGCCUACUUUGCCAAGCAGAAGACCAUGGUGGCGAUCAAGAUCAUCUCCAAGAAGAAAGCGUCGGAGGAUUACCUCACCAAAUUCCUGCCAAGGGAAAUUCAGGUGAUGAAAAGCCUGCGCCACAAAUACCUGAUCAGUUUCUACCAGGCUAUCGAGACCACCUCCCGCCACUACAUCAUCAUGGAGCUGGCCCCCUGCGGCGACGUCUUAGAGUGGAUCCAGAAAUCGGGCGCCUGUUCCGAGGCCCUGGCGGGCAAGUGGUUCUCCCAGCUGGCCCUGGGUAUCGCCUACCUACACAGCAAGGGCAUUGUGCACCGGGACCUCAAACUGGAGAACCUCCUCCUCGACAAACGAGAGAACAUCAAGAUCUCCGACUUUGGCUUCUCCAAGAUGGUGACCCCCCAGACGCAGCCGCCGCCCACCCCCUCCUACCGGAUGAUGAGCUGCUUCUCCCACCUGAGCCAGACCUACUGCGGCAGCUUUGCCUACGCUUGCCCGGAGAUCCUGCUAGGCCUGCCCUACAACCCCUUCCUCUCGGACAUCUGGAGCAUGGGCGUCAUCCUCUAUACUCUCAUGGUCGCCCACCUGCCCUUUGACGACACCAACCUCAAGAAGCUGCUGCGGGAGACGCAGAAGGAGGUCUCCUUCCCCAGCCACUUCCAGAUCUCCGAUGAGGUCAAGGUGAGGGAGGCUGGGAAAGGAGGCCCAGCUCUCGGUGGGGCCUGGAGGUCUCCUGAGGCGGCAACCGGUUCCCCAAGCAACGGAGAGCGGUUUGUCCCUGAGGAAAUGACUGCUUUGGAUAGGGUUGCCAAUCCACCGCAGAUGGAUUGA